UUUGAAAGAGAGUGCGAUGUACAGCUUAAAGGGAAGAAGACAGCAAGUUUGCCUAAAAUGUCAGGAAAGAAGUUGAUAACCCAAACAGAGAUGACUUGUCCGAGAGACAUCGUUGAAGAAGGCGAGUGUGGAAGAGACCCGAUGAAAGAUGUUGAGUCUGGCCUCAGCAGUUUACAUCUCAGCCCAGGAUGUGAACAGUUUUAUCCUUGCAUUAUGGAUGAAUCGCCUGGUGAUUCACGCAUCUAAAAAUGCUCAUUGACAAUUUUUUGUGCGGGGUUGUGUAGGAAAAAACCGAUCAUCGGUGAACAAAGCAGUUGUGAUGUAGUGAAAACUUGCAUAUUACUCAUUCUUUUUUUUAGAUUAGUGAGUCGGUUAUUUUGUUUUUAUGGCUGAUUUCUUAGUAAAGCAGUAAGCAUACCGCAGAGGAUUGCUUAAACUGUCUGAAUGAUUCUAAUUUUGAAAAUUCAUGCACUAACUCACAAGUUGAUCGUUUUUGAAAGUUAUUAGAAUUUUAAAGCAAAACAAACUAAUAACUGAGACCGGCAGACGCCAAGGUCACUUUUCGACACUUUAGUGCCCUGGGGCUUUAUUGUUGUAUUCUGUUUUUUUCGGUUUUUUUUUUUUUCCUUUUUUGUGCCGAUCAGAUUUCAAGAGAAAGAAGAAAUAUUUUCUGCGCAAAAUAUCUCUGUUGUUUGUGGAUGGCAACUCAGCCAGUAAUGUUAUGAACUGCGCUUGCGACAUAAAUCUGCGCGGUAAAAAAACUCGGCACCUAACUGUAACUCGAACAUUUUUAUUAAAUCUUUUUUGGCGACCAAAGCAAAGGUUUGCAUUUAGCAGGCUGUACAGAGAAAUACGGUCCGAUCAAUAGACCAAUAAUGGCACACGUAGUGACUAAGAGAUAUAAUAAUGUGUAGUUAUUUCUUGUUCAGAAGAGAAGUAGUUUUAACUUUCAAGUCCGUUUUAAAACAUGCAAGAUUUUCAGGAUUUUUCUCCUGUAAUUUUGUUUAUUAUGAUAUUUAACAAGUUACUUAAUAAAUUAAUUCUUGGUGUGGAAGCUGUUCUUAAAUAUUUUCUGGAUCGAAAGAGCCGUUCUCUCAGAAUAGAAACAUUGGGCCCAGAAUAAGAAAAUUAACUUUUUGCACUGGUUUUGUAUUCCGAGUGAAACUGGAGAAUUAGCAGGAGAGCAAGACUGGGACGAUUAUGAAUUCCAAGUCUUCAUUGAAGGAUAGAACGCCAA